UCCUUACCCUGCUGUGCUUGAACCAAGUCAUUAUGCCUAGGGGCCACAAGAGUAAGGGCCGCUCUCGUGCUAAACGUCAAAACAUACAGGAGAAGAGUCAAAGUCUGCCUGAUCCUGAGCCCACUGCAGAGGAGGAGGCAACAUCUUCUAUUGAUCAAGGGAAUCUUCCCAGCUCCCCUGAUACCAACAUUCCCCAGGACACUCAAGGGGAUGUAGCUUCUGUUUCUGAUGAUUCGGAAGUGUUGACAGGUGCUGUAGGUGGUGAGACUUCUGAUACAAAUGUUGACUCUUUAGUUUUAAGUGCUGAGAGACGUUCAUUCAACUCCAUUAUAGUCUCUACCUUUGAAUCUACACGCAGAGAUGCUCUUCUCAGGAAGGGACGUUUAUUGAUGCAGUUUAUAUUACAGAAGUUUAAGGUCAAAGAGUCCUUUACACGGGGAGAUAUGUUGAUGGCGAUUAACAAGAAGCACAAAGAACACUUCCCUGAGAUCAUGAGAAGAAUCGUUGUGCACCUGGAUAUUGUCUUUGGUCUGGAGUUGAAGGAAGUUGAUUCCAGUCCUCAGUCCUUUAUGCUUGUGGGCAAGUUGGGUCUCUCCACUGAGGGAAGACUAAGUAGUAGAAUUGGGUUGCCCAAGACAGGGCUCCUGAUGACCCUCCUGGCUAUGAUCUUCGCAACUGGCAAUAGUGCCACUGAGGAAGAUGUGUGGGAAUACCUGAAAAUAGUGGGGGUAUUUCCUGGGCAGAAUCAUCCAAUAUUUGAGGAACCUAGGAAGUUCAUAACAAAAGAUCUGGUACAGGAAAAUUACCUCUCAUACAGCAAAAUUAUUGGCAGUAACCCCCCAUGCUUUGAGUUCAGGUGGGGUCCCAGAGCCUGUCGUGAAGUCACCAAGAUGCAAGUCCUGUGGGUUGUAGCUAAGAUGCAUGAUACUAUUCCUGCUUCCUUUCCUUAUCUGUUUGCGGAGGCUCUGAUUGAUGAAGUUAAUAGAGCAGCAAGGAGAGUCAGAAUUCUGCCUGGCAGUGUUGUCAAGUCCAGAACCCAUCUCAGGUGA